AUGUCAGAGCGGCAAGUCGAGCGGUGGUGGCGCCUCCGCCGGUCCCAGGACAAGCCUUCAACGCUUGUCAAAUUCUGCGAGAACGCUUGGAGAUGCACCUUCUAUCUGUACAACUUCUCCUUUGGACUAUUCAUCCUUUGGGACAAGGACUGGUUGUGGGAGAUAGAUUACUGCUACAUCGGUUACCCUCAUCAGGGCCUAACGACCGACGUAUGGUGGUACUACAUGAUCUCCUCAGCCUUCUACUGGUCCCUGACCAUGUCCCAAUUCUGGGACGUCCGUCGCAAGGACUUCUGGCAGAUGUUUGUCCACCACGUGGCUACCAUCAUGCUGCUGUCUUUCAGCUGGGUCUGCAAUCUGCACAGGAUCGGGACGCUGGUGUUACUGUCUCAUGACUGCGCGGAUAUCUUCUUAGAGCAAGCGACCAUUGCGACGCGCUUGUGGCGCCGGCGAACAUUUGCAGCAAAGGCGGCCAAGUACGCCGGCUACCAAAGGUUCUGCGACUGCGUAUUUGCCGUGUUCACCUUGCUCUGGAUCGUGACGAGACUGGGGAUAUUCCCUUUCUAUAUCAUUUGGAGUACAUCGAUCCGCGCGCCGAUGCUGCUCCCCUUAUUCCCGGCCUACUACAUCUUCAACUCGCUACUGUUCCUGCUACUUGCCCUGCAUAUGGUGUGGACGUGGCUCAUCCUGCAAGUCGCGUAUAAGACCAUCAAGUCUGGACAGAUGGAGGGUGACAUUCGCAGCUCGAGUUCCGACAUUAGCGACAGUUCGCACUACUCCAACCACAGCACUCCCAACCGGGUCAACAAUAAAAAAGACACAUAAAGCAUGGCGCGCCGCCGCUUACACCGGCGCGUUCUUGACUGCUGACAAUGAUGUACGUACCGCACAUCGGCUUCACUUUAACAUUACUUCGACUCAACUCAUUGAUUACGACACGGUCAAGGUUUUAACAUUUUGACCGCCGUAGUCCGAUAUAUUAGACUAUACUUGCCAAAAAAGAGUCGAAAUAUAACUUUUUUUUUAUCAUAACCACAGUAUAAUAAAGAGUACUAUCGUACAGUAUGGCCGCUCCCGCUCCUCGCUGAAAGUGCCGCCCACCCCCUCUCGGGACUUUACAUAGACGGUAGCGCCCUUAUUAUUUUCUACUCUUGUUUGCUAGGCUGUAUGUCCAGUUCAUUUUGCUGAAUUCUGAUAAAUAAGAAAAAUCUUCGUAUAAUUUCGUACAGUCAAAGUAAGUGACAGAAAUAUGUAUACACGACUUUAUGACUUACAUGUUAAAGUUGUGGAUACACAUUUUAAGACCUUGACUGUACCUACUGACUGUACGACGUACGAGUAUGGAAAAUUCUAAGCGGUUAAAAGGUUAAAUAUGGACACGGACAAAGUCCUUCAAAUAUGUAUACGCGACCUUAUAACCACGUAUUAAGGGAGUGAGUACAUAUUUUAGCUGCUUUGUCUAUAUAUGUACUAAGACUAUUCCGGUACCGGUUACUUUUACCAUGACAAAAACCGGUUUUUCAAUUUAGAAUAAAAUAGUGUUGGGUAAAACCGGAUUAGAAAUAUGGACAUGUUAUACAAUUAUUCUGGUUUUAAUUCGGUUACAUUUAUGAAAUAUGAGCAUAAACUGUUGUGUUAUAAACGUGAUAUAGGUAUGACAGAAAAAGUGAACAACGGCGCUAGGGUUAACAAAUCAAAUAAUUUGAUUUGUUUAAUGGUUGUAAUAAAAUAUUGUAUUUUUACUAAAGGCGACCUGUCUAGGGAAACUAGUUAGACACUGGUCCCGCCAAACGCGAGUAAUGAGCUAUGGAUGAUAGACACGAACAAAAGAUAUUCGCUCCCGUGUAAAUAAAAGAGAGCGAGCGAUUGAAAGUUCAUCGCUCGGCGAACUAUAACUCGCUCUCGCUAUCAUCGCGUCUCUUUUAUUUACACUUGAGCGACUAUAUUUUCUAUCGUUUCUAUCGCCGGUGCCAUAAGCAAUAGAUUGUACGAUUAAACGUGAAAAAAAAAACAUUUUUAGUUGGAUUAUCGCCGUCCUAAUUUUUGACUUAAAACAAAUUGACUUACCUCAAUAUUUUUUAUUUUCGUGUACAUAUUUUGCCGUACUUAAUUUUUGUAUACUUCGUAUAGUUCUAUAGAAUGUUCUGUUUUCAAUGUUACGUUAUAAAAACGUUUUAAAAGUAGCUGGUGCAGCGGUUAGAUAAAUAUUAGUAUAAAUUCACGAUUAAUAAAACCGACAUAUCGUCACUACUUUGAAAAAAACUUGUAUCUUCUUCUGUCAAUGAAAAGAAAAUUGUAGUAAGUAUGUAUGGAAUGCAUAUAGACUUACUGCGUUUUAACUUUGAGGAGAAGCAUGAGAUACGAGAUUUUUUCAAAGUAGUGACGAUAUAUUAUUAUAAUAAAAGGCUAUGACAGUAUGUGUGUAACUGAACAAAAACUUAGAUAUUGUUGAUAAAAGAACAAAAUGGUUUCGUAAGAUUUUUUUUAUUUUUAUUUAGUUGGUGAAGAGAAAUACUUAUGAUUAAUCUUUCUUUUAUGUUAAUUUAUAAGAAAGGUCUGGUUGUAGUAACCUUAUAUCGAUAAAAACUGACCCUUACUAGUUUAUAAAUUAGGGAAACUGUAAAGUAACCCAAAAAUUAUCCUAAUAUUAAUUAUGAAUAGGAAAUCGCACGAUUGCCUUACCUUGUUAAAGGCAUUUCGCAGGUUACCCUUUUACAAAUAUAAGUCAUAAUAAUAUGCUGUGGAUAGUUAGCUAUUGGAAUUGGUACUAAAUAUUACAUAAUAAUUAAUAAUGAACGUAAUAAAGUCAUGGUACAUCAAAAUAAAUGUACAAGUGAAACAUUUUUAUCGUCACCAUGUCAAAAUAUUUACAUUAGGUUACAAAAAUAUGACCAGCAAAAUUCAUUGCCUAAAAUUAUUACGAAAUGUAAGUAUGUAGUAAAAUUAUUAAAGUUUAUUUUCUGAAAAAAUCUGACGUGAGAAAUGAGAAAAACCGGUUUUAAAUGUUAACCGGUUCGUCAGAUGUGAAAAACCGGUUUUUAAUUUUAACCGGCUCAGCCAGUUAUGUUCUAUGACAACUUUUCAAUUAUAAUUUUCUCUAAAACAACGAAGCCUAUUUUGGCAUUUAUAUUUAAAAAAUAUAGUUAGUGUACAUAUUUCAUCACAUAUAAGUUAUUUUAUGUAAUAUUUUAACUCUAUCGCGCCUAUUCAUUAGAAUUUACUAAUUCUAUUCUCUGUCACUUAAUGAAGUCACAAAAUACUGCUUUUGCACUACUAUUCUGUGAUUAUUUUAUACUACGUGUCUCAAUUUUUUAUUGGUUAAGGGACUUAAAUUCCGUUGCCUUAUAAAAAUAAGUUUAAAAUUAUUUGUCUACUUACUGGCAAUCAAACUUAAUUGAAAUUAUGGUAACUUUACGGUAACGGUUUAUGUGAUAUUUUUCGGUUUAAAAUUAUAAAAAUUGUAUUUUAAAUUGUCGGAAACGGUCAGUUUUAUAAAUAUUCUAUUGGAUGGGACCACGUAUUUGAAAUUUAGCUGCACGCUUCCAUAUUUAAAUGUACUAAUAUUUCCUUAUUACACAUAUUGCUCACUUAUCAAGUGUCUAAAAUAAUUUCGUUUGUUAUCUGCCUCUAUAUUAGAUAGAAAAUUAGAAUAAUAUUUAGUUUCAGUCAAAAGGCGACCAAUGUAACGUUUAUUGUAAUGUUGGGAAUAAUCGGUAUACAUUUUUUUUUGGUUGGUAGAACGUCAUACCUAGUGCAAGAACUCAUAUUCGUACACAACUAUACGUAUAUUGUUAACCCAGACUCAGUAAAAAAGGAAGAACGUCCUUCCCUAAGUAGAAUAUAUCACAGACGCAAGAGAUAAAGUGACAGAAAACAUGCUUUCUCCUCGUGUAUUCUGUUUUCGAAAACUCUUGGUUCGUGGAUGCUCGGUUAGCGGGGGGCGUGCGGUGUGCAAGUCAAACAAUUGAAGCUCAUACAAGUGUCCUGAGUGCUGCAUAGCGUGCACAAGGGCCACCCCGCCCCACUGCACGCCGCCAACCGAGCGUCCACUCAGAGCUCACACUUGAAGUGACAGAAAACGUACUUUCUUUUCCCUGUGGAUUCAAUUGUUUUCGAAAACUUAGAUACACUUUGUUAAUGGCGUAAUAUUUAUAAUCAUCCAUAGAGUUUAUUAAAAACUACGUAAAUAAUUCAUAAGUUCGGUGUCAAAAGUGGUACAUUGGUGCCUUUCUCACCUGGUUGUAUAUUAAAUAAACCCUUUAAUUCCAAAGAGUGAGAUAUUUGGUAAAAUUAUUUACCUGUAUUCGUUAGAGCUAAUAGAUUUUAUGACAUGAGUAAUUAAACUAUAUCCCUAUCAAAACGGUUUUCUUAGAGCAUUAGAGUUAUUUCCUUAAAAAUUGCUAGAUUAGAUAGAAGCUUGAUUCGUGUUAUAAUGCCUCGAAGUAACUAUGAGUUAUUCUUUAAGAAAUGUCUGAGCUUAUGAACAAAGCAAAAAAGGGCCUCUCAUGACUUAACGAUAUAAUUAUAUCACUUGUUUGACAUAAGAACUUGUAUCAAACGAGUUGUUGAAUAAUUAGACUAAGAGUUGUGGUCUCUGAUACUAGAUAGUCAAGUAGAUAGGUAAUUUUAUUUAUUUCUUGGUUAGUGCCUUUUACACGCAACGCAUUGAAAUCAUUCCUUUAGAGUACGAUGGUGAUAAAAUUGCUAACCUAUCGAUAAAUCUAAAAUUAACUAUGGUUUUAGGUGCGUAUGUCAGAUAUAAUGGUUUGCAUCGUUUUAAUGUAUUAUUGAUAUUCAGAAUUAAAAGGAAUAAUUUCAUGUUUCCAAGUGAGCAAAAAAAUCCAAUAUCCAAAAUGUUAUUAACUAACGGGUAAUUCAUUCUUAUGAUUCUGCAAUUCGAAGAAAAAAAUCUUUAAACGGAGCUUACAGAGUUACUCUUUCUUCUUCUGAAUACCAUGAAAGCCUUAUUCUAAUAUUGUCUCAUACUUAUAUUCAAGUUUUAUCUUUUGGAUACAUGACAAUUUGUCACGAGCAGUGACAAAGAAACAAUAACCCGAGGGUUAACCCACCAUUUUAUAUGGAAUUUGACAGUUGACAGCACACUAACCCUGAGUUAAGCGGGUGGUGCAAGUGGCCCUUAAAGGUUACUGAAAAACAAAUUAUUGAAUAAAGCAUUGCAGUUAUGCAAUGGUCAGAUAGGUACCUAUUUUUGAAACUAGUGUACCGCCCAAAUUUCCGUUAGUGUAGUCAUAAAAAUUGCGCUUUGGUCCAAGGUUCGGUUUUAAAAACUACAGAAUACAUAAAUCUUCUGUUUCUGAAAAUCCAUAGUAAGGCUCUCUUAACGCUUGGCAUCUCUUUAAGUCCUGUUAAGGUUGAAUUUAUUAUAUGAUCAAUACAUUUAGUGACGUAAUAAAAUAACCCAUUGGCCGCGUUGAAACUGCGAACCGAAACCGGUUAUCCUAUAGGAAAUACCGGUUUUUCUCUAGGAAAUACCGGUUUCGCUCACCGGUUUCAGUGUAACAAAUUAAUAGCUGUCUUUAUCUAUGUAUAUUUUUAUAUGUAACAAACGCACCAUUGAAACUUAAGUGCAUAAAUUAAUAUAAGUGUUCAUGUUAACAUCAAAUUCAUAUCAUUACUAUAAAUAUCUACAUACAUAGGUGCUAUUGCUUAAGAAAAUGAUUUAUUUAAACUAUGCUAGUGAAAAGUACAACUUUGCAUAUUAACGAAAUACGAAACAGUUUCAUGAACACAUAUUUGGGAUAGCUAAGAACCAAGAUAUUGGUAAAAUUAAAUAAUGUGACAAAUAAAAUAAAAAGAACUUUCUCGUAUAAUCUCUUGCUAGAGUUCGAAAAAAGUAACAAGUAGAUUUUCCAAAGUUGUAGUAGAAGUUCUCGUAGCUAAAUAGUAUUUUAAUAAUCCAAAAGUCUGCUUUUUAAAUAUUUUAGUUUAUGGCCUUGAAACGUCAAACCCCUUAGGCCUCGCACUAAGAUUAAAUUAGUUCUAUGUUAUUUAUUGUUACGCAGAUAAAACACCCAAAGAUAUGCUUAAAGAAAGCUUAGGAAUUGUUGUAGGAUAAGAAUUUUAUAAAAAAAAAAUGUAGGUAAAAUUGUUUCGUUCCUAAGUAAAAGGUAUACAUUGAUUAUAAGAGUUGAUAUGUCCCUUGAGGUCCAAUCAUGAAAACAGGAAAUCGUUUUUUUUUAUCUGCAUUUCGAAUAAGCAAGAGAGGCAAUUAAAGAAAAUUAGAUUUUAUAUUUUCGCCGAAGCCCCCUAUGACUAAAAAGGAAGGAUAUUCCUUAUAAAUUCCACACUAAAGAUGAAAUAUCAACUCAUAUUUAUUCAAAAUUUGGUACCUUUUGUGUAUGAACGUCAUAUUUAUGUAUUAUUAUGUGCUUUAGUCUCCAGUAGCCUAAAUAAAUUUAUAAUUUUAGUUUGUAAAACAAGUUGCCUCAUUUUUUGUCAAGAUUUAGAACAAAUACAGAUAAAAAUCUAUGAAAAUAUUUAUACUGUGAAUGACAUGUAAAUAUUAUUUUAAAAGGCCACGUCAGUGCUAAUCUUAGCUCUAAGAAUGAAGUCUAGUAUUUUUUUAAAUAAAAAUUCUGUAAUGUCAGAAAUUUAUGAAAUUAUAGUUAUUUAGGUUUUUUAAUAAUUAUGAGUGUUGAUUGUUAAUUUCUUGUUUAAAUUUUAUGAAUGUUUUAACUAUGGCCUGUAUAGUUGUUUUUUUAAUUGUCAUAAAUAAUAUUGUCAUUUUAUUGAAUUAAUAGGUAUUUUAGUUACAACCGCGUACUGUACAGACGCUUUAACCAUCUAUCUAAAUAUUAAAAAGAGAAAUGUAGCUUUCCAUUUUAGAAGGAUCCUUAUGCUAAUAUGCUUCAAAUAUAAGAAGGUCCUUUCGAACAAAAAAUCUGAUAAAAAUAUCUUUAUUGUACAUGAAGCAUAUACAUAUAAGGAGCCUUCUUUCAUGAAAAGCUACAAAUCAUCUUUAAUAGUUUCGUGCCUUCAAAAUAUGUUGUUAUUAGGAAAGUUAAUAUGAUUUCAAUAAUGAUGUUACUUAUUGAUAGAAAUUCUACUUAAGCGUGUUUUUUCACGACAGUUUUUAUACGCGUUCUCGAACAAGGAUGGCUACCGCGAUUAUCGAAAUUCGAAGGUCAAAUACAUCCCUAUAUAGCUCUUAGGUCUACUAAUUAUUAUGCCUAGACUAUACCUAUAUAUAUCUAUCUAUCUAUGUGUGAUAUGCUGCACUCGCACAUUGAAAGUGUUGAAACGUCCGACGAAACAUUGCAUAAAUUAUAAGGUGGCAACACUUGUCGUAAUUUACCCCAUGUAAAAAAAAAGAUACAACAAUGGGUUUCAUACUUUCUGAAAACUUUCUUUUUGGGUUUUUUCUUUUGAAUACGGUUUUUUUUAUAACACCUAAAUAACCAAAUAUGUUUCUUUUAUGCUCUUGAUGUAGGGUAAAUUAAAUAAUGUAUUUAGGUAACAAUUUCGCAUUCUAAAUUUACCUAAAAUAAAUGAAUAUACCAAGGAACAGAAAAUAAUGAAAUAUUAACGGUAUUUUUUGUAUUUAGAAAAAAACGGUUCCGAGACUUAGAUGACACUAUUUUUAAAAUUGCACAAUUUCUUGUCGGACAGUGUGAUUAAUCACUACAGUAUUUCGGUGACUCACGGUAGCCUCCCUGUACAAAUUUAAAUUGACUUAUGUUGUCGUUUUCGCGUUAAAAAACAUCUGUGGAGAGUUGUUUACUUGAUCUCUGUUGUGUUGCGUUUUGACACUAUGUUUCAAGUUUACAGAUAUGUGGUUAUUUUUAUUAUCAGAAGAAUAUCGGUGUUUGUUUAUGGUUAAAUUGCAUUUGUAUUGGAAUAUUUAAUACACAAUUCGACACCUCUA